UUAACACUUGCUAAGAUUAUGAAGUCUGUAGAUAAGAAAUCUGUACAGAGCAGCUGUUAUGGGUUAGAUGUAAUAAGAAACAGCUACAGCAAGGAGAGGAUAUAUUGUUUCAUGUGUGGUGUUCUACAGCCAUGACUGAUAGAAGAUGUGAUGCCAUUACAGAACUGCACAAAUUCAGAGAAGGUUUUAGUGGGUCCAUAUGGUGAGACGUACCCAGCAAGUCAUGAUGCAAACCAGGCCAUGAAUAUAAAAGCUGAGGAAGUUUCAGAUGCAGAAGAGGAAGCGGAUCCUCUGCAAAUAACAGUUCAGGAGAUAAAGGCUGAACCUGAGAACUGUACAAAUUUGGAGAAUGUUUUAGUGGGUCUGUAUGAUGAGACAUACCCAACACCUCAUGAUGCAGAUCAGGCCAUGAAAGUAAAAGCUGAGUCAGUCUCAGAUGCAGAAGAGGAAGAGGAUCCUGUCCCAAUAACAUUUCCGGAAAUAAAGGCUGAACCUGAGGGUAAUUUGAAUGAACUUCAACCUGUACAUGGUGAGGAGCGACGAUAUUCCUGUGAUGAGUGUGGAGAUUCAUUCAGUGAACAGCAAGUUCUGAUAGCACAUCAACACAUACAUAGCGGGGAGCGGCCAUUUUGUUGCAUUGUUUGUAAUAAGUCAUUCAGCUGUAAGAGGCAUCAGUGCAUACAUAGUGGGGAGCGACCAUUUAUGUGUGAUUGUGACAUUCCAGAAGGAAUAGUACGUGGUUGGCUGAAUACAGAAGAUGAAUGGCAUUCAUAUGUAGAGUUCAAAGGAGAUGAACCAGGCUGCAAAGUAGAACACUUAGACUUGAGAAAACAGUUACGUAGAGUUAUGUACAGCAUCUGA